AUGUCGCGGGCAUUCGAUGGUUCCAAGGAAUCUUGGACUUCUUACUCCGAGAGACUUGACUUCUACUUCAAGGCUAACAAGAUUACAGCAGCAGAAUCUCAGAAAGCAGUCUUUAUUACUGUGAUAGGACCUAGGACGUACGGGCUACUGAAGAGCCUACUACAACCAAAGACACCUCAGGACUCUACCGUCACCUUGGAUAAGAUGAAGGACGUUCUGCAGAAGCAUUUCGAUCCUAAGCCAUCUCCUAUAGUUCAGCGCUUCAAGUUCCACACGAGAGUUAGGAAACAAGACGAGACAGUGGCAACCUAUGUGGCAGAGCUCCGUGUGAUAGGAGAACAUUGCGAUUUCCAAGAUUCUCUAGAUGCUAUGAUUCGGGAUAGGCUCGUUUGUGGCAUCAACAGCAUUCGAAUCCAGAGAAGACUGUUACAAGAGCCAGACUUAGACUACGAUAAAGCAUUUCAAAUAGCUCAAGCUAUGGAGCUAGCUGCUCAUGAUGUCUCUGAUCUACCUGGGAGUAAAUCACAGCACCAGACGCCGACUCCUGUUCAUAACCUUCAACACAAGAAGGAAUUGUCACACAGGCAGAGUAAAGUUGAGUGUUACAGAUGUGGUGGAGAUCAUUACGCUACUAAAUGCAAGUUUAUUGAGGCAGAUUGUAGGCUGUGUGGAAAGAAGGGACACCUAGCCAGGGUAUGUCGCAGUCGAAAAGAGAAGCCACAGCAGCAGAGGAAUCAUCCUAAAGCCAAGACUGGGUACCCACCACAACCUCAGCAGAAUAACAGACAACACCCAACUCACAACCUGGACCACAAGUCACAUCCUCUUCUCAUGGGAGACUCUGACCAAGAGGACUACCCAUUGUUUACUUUGCCUUCUGCUGGAAAACCUAUUGUUGUUUCAGUGAGUGUCAAUAAGGUUGACCUUUCCAUGGAACUGGACACUGGGGCUUCCUUAUCUAUAAUGAGUAAAGACACUUAUUCCUCUCUUUCUUCUACUCUUCCUCCAAUUUCUCCUUCUCAUGUCAUUCUAACUACGUAUACUGGAGAGAAGAUCAAGCCAGUCGGUGCUAUAGAUGUUGAUGUUCGUUAUCAGUCCCAGACUGCUACUCUACCACUGGUGAUAGUUCCUGGAAAUGGACCUACUCUACUGGGUCGUAAUUGGUUGGAAGUUAUCCGACUAGAUUGGUCC